CAUCUGGCUAAGAAACUGACAAGUAAAGUUUGACAAGACAAGAAACAAGAAUCAAAAGUGUUUAUAAUUUCCAAUAAAAAACUAUAAUCAUCUGUUUAUAACAGGCUUGUUCCAGGCAUUUCCAAUCAUUCUUUCUAAAAUUCUUGAAGUGUAUCAUAAAUUAAUAGUUAAUUUUACUGUACGAAAUAUUACCAGCAUGUCUCAAGCUCGUCUUCCGCCUUGUAUUCCCUUGCCUUUGGAGCACAAAUUGUUAGUAACCGUUAUAGAGAAAGCGAAAGAUUGGGCCCUUAUGCACGGGGUUGGAAUGCGAGAUAAAAAACAUUUUACCAAGGACUCUAUACAGAUUGCUCCAUUUGUAUUAUUACCAUCACCCUUUCCGAGCACAGAGUUUAAUAAAGCAGUAGAACUUCAACCAGUCCUCAAUGAACUUAUGCAUAAGGUUGCUCAUGACGUAGAAUUCUUGGAACAUACAUUACAAAAUGCAUUGCAAGUUGAUGAAUUCACAGCAAACCUUUACGAUAUAUGGAUUAAAGUUCGUGAAGAAGGAAUUACUCAGCCUAUAACACUUGGCAUGCUGCGAUCGGACAUAAUGCUGGAGUCAAGGUGUCCGCACACAGUCAACCAGUGCGCGAAGCACACACCGUAUUGUUCUUGGAAGCAGGUGGAAAUCAACAGUAUCGCAUCGGGCUUUGGUCAUCUUGGACCGGUAUCGAGAGACAUACAGAGUUACAUUCUUCGUCAAUUGGGACACGGAGAUCUGAUUAAAAAAAUGCCGCAGAACGGAGCUUUAUCAGGACUUUGCAGUGGCAUUAUAGAGGCGUAUGAUCUAUUUGGUGUCGCAAAUGCAAUCAUAAUAUUUGUGGUAGAAGAGGUGUCCUACAAUAUUUGUGACCAGAGAUUCCAUGAGUUUGAAAUAUCAGAGAAGAGACCCGAUAUCAUGAUACAUAGAAAGACUUUAAACGAGUUGUAUGAAGAAACAACAGUCAAUGAUAAGAAACAACUAAUAUUGGAAGGUCGGCCAGUAGCUGUGGUGUACUACAGAUCGGGCUACGAGCCAUCGCAGUAUCCAUCCUCACGUGAGUGGGAUGCACGCCUCCGUGUCGAGAGAUCCUCAGCAAUAAAAUGCCCUUCAAUACAAUAUCAAUUGGCGGGUACUAAAAAGGUUCAACAGACGUUAGCUUCACCUGGUGUAUUGGAGAAGUUUAUGGGUACAGGAGCCACUACAAAUAGUGUACGAGAUAUAUUCACCGGAUUGUAUUCAUUAGACUUCGAUGAGAGCGGGGAAAGAGCUGUUGAUAUGGCGCUUGCUGAUGCUGAGAGGUUCGUGUUGAAGCCGCAGCGCGAGGGCGGUGGCAACAACUUGUACGGACCGGACGUGCGCGAGGCGUUACUGCGCAUGCGACACAGUCGCGAGCGCGCAGCUUACAUACUGAUGGAGCGGAUAUUACCCCCACUUGUGUCAGGGUACGUGGUGCGUCCUGGAGCGCCCGUGCCUCCUCCACUCAGCGACCUCGUCUCUGAGCUUGGGAUAUUUGGAGUUAUUAUUGGAACCAAAGAAAAGAUUUUCAGUAAUCGACAAGUGGGUCACAUGUUGAGGACUAAACUCGCGGAUGCUAACGAGGGCGGAGUCGCCGCGGGACUCGGAGCACUAGAUUCACCUUUCCUACUGGACUCGUAACUAACUAUGCUAUAUAUUUAACUUUAAAUACCGAUUUUUACUAAGCAAAUUCAAAUUUGUAAAAU